AUGCUACGAGCUCUUUCCCAGAGGCUUGCUUUUCCAGCCACCCCAGUACGCUCGAGUGGUCCCCGCGUAGACUUCCGGGACUUGCUUUCAAAUAGGUACACUUUGUAUUUUGCCGCGGGCUGUGUGGCGUUCUACAUCUAUAACCUAGACGAGGCGCCAUUCACGAAACGGUCCCGGUUUCUCUGGGUGCCCCUCUGGCUCGAAACGAAAAUCGGCGACUACCUGUAUUCGCAAAUCAUGCACCAGUACCAGCACCAGCUUUUGCCUGGGUCAGACCGGGCUUAUUUGCAGGUAUCACGUGUCAUGAACAAGCUCUUGGCCAGUGCCGUUGCCAACACACGGGACCCGGCCCAGGCGGCCCACUUAAAGUCGUUGAACUGGACAAUCAACAUCAUCAAGGUCACAGACGAAACGCGCGAGCCGCCCAACGCGUUCAUCUUGCCCAACGGCAAGAUUUUCAUUUUCCUGUCGAUCUUGCCGAUCUGCCAAAACGAAGACGGCUUGGCUACCGUCUUGUCCCAUGAACUCUCGCAUCAAUUGGCACACCACUCGCUGGAGCAAUUGAGCAAGCAGCCGUUCUACGUCAUGCUCUCGACCCUUUUGUAUGCAGCCACGGGGAUCACGGGUUUUAGCGACUUGCUUAUAGCCGGAUUUCUCCAGAUGCCAGCAUCACGGGAAAUGGAGUCUGAGGCCGACCGCAUAGGCUGUGAGUUGAUGGCCAGGCUGUGUUUCGAUGUUCAUGAGGCGGUGAACUUCUGGGCCCGCAUGGAGAACUACGAAAAUAGGACCAGCCAGCGCCGUGGCGCUAUGCUCAAGGAGUUUCUUUCCACCCACCCCAACACGCACAAACGCGUCCAAGACAUUUCGCUGUGGAUGCCCGAGUUUGACGUCAUCCGCGAGGCGUCCGAAUGCCACCAAUGGGGGACAUUCCAGGAUGUUACCCGAAACUUCUUCAAACGGGCAUGA